AUGCCUACCCGCUCCGACAUUACUCACUUCGGCGCCGGCCCGGCCGCUCUACCGACCGACGUGCUCCAGACGGCCGCACAAGCUCUGCUCGACUUCAAUGGCACCGGCCUGGGCAUCGCUGAGCACAGUCACCGUUCCGAGCUGGCCACCAACAUCAUCAACGAGGCCAAGGCAGAUCUGGCUAGCUAUCUAGACUUCCCCGCCAGCGACUAUGAGAUUUUGCUGAUGCAAGCGGGUGGAACAGGAGAAUUUUCCGCGGCCGUCUACAACCUGGUCGGUGCCUGGGUUGUCCGCCAACACGCCGCCGUCCUCAGCGAGCUGGGGAGCGGUGCCGACGAGGCCGCUGUGGUUGCUGUCCUGCGAGAGCGUGCCGAGAAGGGUCUCAAGCUUGACUACAUCGUCACGGGUGGAUGGUCACUCAAGGCCUACCAGGAAGCUGUGCGUCUGCUGGGACCCGAGUACGUCAACCUGGCCGCCGACGCCCGCACCAUCAACGACGGCAAGUUCGGCAAGAUCCCCGACCAGAGUACCUGGAAGCUGAGCAAGGACGCCGCGCUGGUCUACUUCUGCGACAACGAGACCGUAGAUGGCGUCGAGUUCCCCGAGUUCCCCGCUGUGCUGGCCCCGAAUGCCGACGGCACCGGCCCGAUUGUUGUGGCCGACAUGUCCAGCAACAUCCUUUCGAGGAGGGUGCCCGUCAGCAACUACUCUCUGCUCUUCUUCGGUGCCCAGAAGAACCUAGGGUGCACCGGCGUGACUGUGGCCGUCAUUAAGAAGUCGUUCCUACCGCCGACGACGACCCAGCCGAGCCCUGCUCUCAUGCGGAAGCUCGGGCUCCCGAUUCCCCCGAUCAUGCUGCAAUACGAGAUCAUCGCCAAGAACAACAGCUUGUACAACACGCUGAGCAUCUUUGAUGUGUACAUUGCCGGCCAAGUGCUGAAAAAGUUGCUCAAGACCUACCCCAACAAGGUGGACGGUCAGCAAGCGGUGUCGGAGAAGAAGGCGAACAUCAUCUACUCCGCGCUGGAGGCGCACCCCGAGGUGUACCGGAUCGUCCCAGACAAGGCGGUGCGGUCGCGGAUGAACAUUUGCUUCCGCGUGACCAAGAACGGAAACACCGACGACACCGAGAAGGCCUUCCUCAAGGAGGCCACGAGCCUGGGCCUGACGGGCCUCAAGGGGCACCGCAGCGUCGGCGGCAUCCGGGCCAGCAACUACAACUCUAUCCCCUUGGAGGGAGCCGAGAAGCUCGCCAAGUUUAUCGAGGCAUAUGCAAAGGCAUAA